CGUUUUAGAAUUUUAGAAGGCUGUGGCUGUGGUCUUGAAAUGACUAUUUUGAAAAAUAUGUUGUAAGUUUGUACGCAAAAUACAAAAUAGUGUGAAUAUUCAGCCAUCUCCAUUUUUUAAUUAGUAGAAUUCUGAAUGUUUAAUUCGGAAAUUAGUAUCAUGUCUGGAAAAACGACUAUAAAAGGAAACCCUUCACAGUAUGUAAAGUUAAACGUUGGGGGCUGUUUACAUUACACCACCAUUGGAACUUUAACUAAGCAUGAUACAAUGUUACGGGCCAUGUUUAGUGGAAGAAUGGAAGUGCUGUCUGAUUCGGAUGGUUGGAUACUUAUUGACAGAUGUGGCAAACAUUUUGGGACAAUACUGAAUUUUUUAAGAGACGGCAGCGUUUCUUUACCUGAAUCGUCUAAAGAGAUAGCAGAACUAGCAGCCGAAGCUAAGUACUACUGCAUAGCUGAACUCGCGGAAUCUUGUAACAAAGCUUUGGCUAAAAAAGAGAGAGGCGAGCACGAACCUAUUUGUGGAGUGCCGUUAAUUACAUCCGUAAAAGAGGAAGAAAUGUUAAUAAGCUCAACGACUAAACCCGCAAUAAAAUUGCUUAUAAACAGACAUAAUAAUAAAUAUUCCUACACCACAACUUCAGACGAUAAUUUGCUGAAGAAUAUCGAACUAUUCGAUAAGCUUUCGUUGUGGUACAGCAACAGGGUGUUGUUUUUGAAAGACGUCAUUAGUACGAGCGAAAUUUGCUGCUGGGUUUUCUACGGACAUGGGAAAAAGGUAUCGGAGGUAUGUUGUACCUCUAUCGUCUAUGCCACUGAUAAGAAACACACGAAAGUUGAAUGUCCGGAAGCGAGAAUUUACGAGGAAACAUUAAAUAUAUUACUUUACGAGAGUCGUAACGCCCCAGACCAAGAACUGAUGCAAGCCACGUCGACUAGAGGCGCGGUUUCUGGAAUGUCCUCAUAUACAAGCGACGAGGAGGAAGAAAGAUCAGGUAUUGAACGACUUAGGUCUAAUAAGUCUAAUAAUCAAACAUAAUUACUUCAUUUUAACUACUUUGUAAGAUAUAUUUGCAUUACUGAACUGAUAUAAUACUGGGUGGCCUAGAAAAUUUAUUUACAGUACAAGUUGGUGUAUCGGAGUAAAAGCCAUAUUACAAACUUUUUCCGUUGACGUUCUGGUUUCUAUUACUUAGGAAAUGUGCUGGCAUUCCAUUUAUAAUGCUUAGUCGAGAGAUGGGAACGACUAUUGGUAAACUUCCUGUGUUAUCACCAAUAAAGUACUAUUAUAAGCAUAGGUACAUUUGCUAUGUAACGGAAACGGCAACAGGAAAAGUUUAUAAAUCGGUUUUAAGCGUUUGCUACAGUUUUAAAAUUUGUCAUUCUUUAUCUUUGCAAAUAAAUUAUUAUUUUAUGUUAAGUUGUGAAAUAAAAAUAUUGAACUAAAAUGUUUCAUGUUAUGUCAUUACAUCCCUUGUCGUGUAUUGUGGGUAUGUUUUAUAAAAUUUCUUCAAUUGAAACAAAUAAGGUUACAGUUACCGACGAACAAAUUACUUUUGAAAUUUAUUAUUCCUCUGCAGUAGUGGCAGGUUUAGAUUUUUUUUAUCGUGCUUUGUAAUUUUUUUUUAUACACCUCGGAGUAUGAUUUAUAGGGAAAGCUAGUCAAAAUUUUGAGUAUUGUGGAUGUGAUUUGUUUUUAUAUAUCCCCGUUAUUGUAUUUUUAUUAUACUUAAAUAUUUUAACGUACAAUACAGUUACAGGCGUAUCAAAAGCUGUUGUAGCUGUAUUUUGAUUAAUAUGAUAUUAGGUUAAAAAUGUGAAUGUUCAAGAUUUAUUUACACUCAACAAACAUACUAUGUUAAAAAAUAUAUAUAGGUACUGGG